AUUGUGGAGCAACUCAAAAAGGGGGUCGAAGUCCAACUUUAGGGUGGAGAGUUGAAGUUAUAAUUGCCUUGAAGAAGCCAACCCAAAUGGGAAGCGAGGAUGACAAGUCAAUUUCUGACUUGAAGGAAGAAAUUGUCCACAAAUUCAGAGAUUUCAUGACAGGGAUCACAAAGAUUGAUGAGUUGGGAAGUGCUGGAAGCAGGCUGCUGUCAGGCUUUCAACAAGCACUUGAGUUUAUUCGAAGGCCUCCUAUAGAUACUAAUUCUAAAUUAGUCAACAAGAUAAUCGUAGCUAAUGAAACGAAGAGAGUUAAAUCCUAUGCCAAUUCUGGAUGUAGGAACCCCAAUGAUGGCGUCCAGAGUGUAACCAAUUUGCACUCAUGCAAACAUGGAGUUCUUAACCAUAUAAGACAAGCCAAGGUAAUACUUAAUGAACUUGAAGGUUUAUUGGGUGAUGUAACUAGUGCUCUACAAAAUGUACAUGGAAAUUUAUUUGCCCUCUCAGAUCUGUAUUUUGAUGUUGAAUUGAAUGAGCAGGCGACCUAUAAUGACUUGGAGGAAAAUGCUGCUUCGUCUCAUUCUCAAAGUACUGAUGUCACACCGACCAGAAAAAUGAAAAAUACUGAUGUCGCACGUUUAGCUGACCUAAUGGCUAUCAUAUACAGUAUGGUCAAGCGAGACUAUUUGAUGCAGGAAAGGAUAGUGUCAGCUUUAAAUCUCAAUUUGUCAUCAGAAGAACUGGAAAUCUACUGCCAAAUGUGGUCUUUGCGUCCGUUCAUAAAUGAUGAAAUCGUGCAUCAAGCUUGGGGACAUAUUCACUGAAAUGUUUUUUGUUCCUUAUUUGCAUAGAAUCAGUUACCAUCAGGCUGGAUAAACUUAUAAUGCUUUACGAGCCCCAGUGCUUU